GUUCGUCAGUGACCAUUGAUAUUUGGAGUUCGCAACGACCGCACUGCGUGGCUGGUUGCAAAUUCGAGUUCACCCAACCGACGGUCAGUGGGAAAGCUCCAUUGCACUCCGUCACUUUUCUCAAAGUUCUCAAAGAGAGUAAGACUGUUACCUCUCAAUUACAACAGAUUAGCAAGGAAACCUAAUACAAGAUGGGCAAGAAAGAUAAGGCCGGUAAUGAAAAGAAGGGAGCCAAGAUCUUCAAGGUCAAGUGCUCUCAAUGCCACACUGUUGAGGAGGGAGGCCCACACAAGCAAGGACCCAAUCUCUACGGUUUCUUCGGACGUCAGUCUGGUCAAGCCGAUGGUUACUCUUACUCUAGUGCCAACAAGAAAUCUGGAAUCCAGUGGGGAGAUGAUACUCUGUUUGAGUACCUUGAAAACCCAAAGAAGUACAUCAAGGGAACCAAGAUGGUUUUCGCUGGACUCAAGAAGCCCCAAGACCGCAAGGAUCUUAUUGCCUACUUGAAGUCUACCUGCAGCCCCUAAACGGAUCUCUAUUUCGAUUUCUAUGGCUGUUUGAUACUUCCGAUAUCUUAUUUUUAAUGGAUGUGGCUGAUAUUUAAAUCCCAAAACUGGAGGAUGGAUUGGGGCAUCAUGCUGACGGUUCCAACAAAAUAUCUCUCCAGGUCCUCUGUUCGUGCAACCAUUGGGUCGAUAACCAAUUCACGUUUUCCAUAAAUUUCAGGACUGAAGGCAGGAUAAUUUAUAGUGGUUUGGUUGUCGAUU